AAUUUUUAUAAGUAGUACUACCUCCGUCUCGUAAAGAUGUUCUAUAUAUGUAUUCAUCAUACCAUAUUGCCUAUUCAAUGGAUAGGUCGUGCAAAAUAGUGCCAUUCAUCUUUCUCCUUCUAAUAUGUAGUGUCAUUGAAGGACAAGAACAAGAAGGCCUCUCUUACGGUUUCUAUGACCAGUCUUGCCCUCUAUUGGAAAGCAUGGUUAGAGCUGCCACCAAAACGUUCCUUCUCUCCGAUCCCACCACCGGAUCCGCCUUGUUACGACUCUUCUUCCACGACUGUCAAGUUCAGGGGUGUGACGCCUCCAUCCUUAUUGAUUUGGAGCAAUCGGAGGUUUUGUCCAGUAAAAACCUUGGGAUAAGAAAGAGAGAAGUGGUCAACGCUAUCAAGUCAAUGGUGGAAGUUGUAUGUCCUCAACAAGUAUCAUGCGCCGACAUUCUGGUUUUAGCAGCCAGGGAUUCCGUUGCUCUGUACGGAGGUCCUGCCAUUAAGGUUCCGUUGGGACGUAGAGAUUCCUCGAACCCUCCGAACUAUAAGCUGGCAGAUUCUUUGCUUCCGCCGGCAACCACCGGAGUCGACGAGAUGCUCAGCCUUUUCGGAGAGAAAGGGUUCACCGUUGAAGAAUCUGUCGCCAUUAUCGGAGCCCAUACAAUUGGCGCAACACAUUGCAUGAACGUUAGGAAACGUUUGUUCGAUCCGGCGGCCCGACAAGGAAACGAAAUUCCGGCUGAUUUAUCGGCGUUGCUAACGGUAAAUUGUCCGUUAGGAUCGUUAACUUGGAACGUGUCAUACCUCCCAAAUGACGAGACCCCUAUGAUCUUUGACAACCGUUACUAUGCUAACACAAUGAGACGGUGGGGCGCCAUAAAUAUCGACGCGGUGAUGCCGUUGGACCCGAGGACCGCCGGCCAUGUACGGCGUUUUGCGGCUGAUCAGGGUGAGUUUUUCCGGGCAUUCUCCUCCGCCUUUGUCAAGCUAUCAUCUUCGGAGGUUCUUACGGGAAAACAAGGUGUGAUUAGGAGGACUUGUAACUACUUAUAAUAGGAAACACUUCUUCGGUGUACAUCUUUGACUGCACCGUCCACAAUUGACGGAAAGAUAGUAUGUUUGAGAUGUUUUUAAUCGGAUGGUUUGAAUCUCAAAUUUAAAGAGAUUUAAACACAUCAGACCAAAUAGGACUAGACUUCGAUAGUUAUAAAAUACGUAGUAUAUCCGGCCGAUCCACUACAACUAAAAAGAAUUUACGUUUAAGUGUGUAACAUUAAGGUGGAUCUAAUUGCAUGCAUUGACGAGAGAAAUUUAGCAAUACUCCCGCAGCCAGGGGCGGAGCCAGAGCACUGGGUCAGACUGGACUGACACAAAGAAUAUUUUUGGAAAAACUUUUACACAGAAUAUUUUACACUAAAAAUACAAACAUUUUUUAAAUUUAGGCUGGGUCGGGCCGGGGCCUGGGUUGGCCCUCCCCUAGCUAUGCCCCUGUUGGAAAAAUAGGAGUUUCAAAUGAAAAAAAAAGUUUUCUCAAUUUUAAUUAUUUUGAUAACUUAAUUUAAUCAAACAUGUAUCUUGCAAAAUUAUUAAUUGUUAAACUCAUUGUUUAAUAUUGAAUUUUAAAUUCACUGCACACAUUAAAUCUCUUAUACUAAUAUGAACGUUGCUAUGGAGUUAUAUCAAACAUUAAUAUUCUUAAUUAAUAUACAAACGUUUUUCUUAGCUGGAAGCAACGGUUCAAAGUUUGUAUAUUACACUUUGGCUGGAAGCUACGGUUUAACAUACGGUUUAACAUUGGCCACUAUAUAAUCACAUUGGCUCGUAAAUGUGUAUAUAUAGACACUUGUAUGUGGCUAAGAAGAUAUAUGAUUUUUGAUUGAGUAUCAGCCUACUAGCUAAUAUAUACAUAAAAUUUUGGAGUUAAACACCCCCUAAUAUUUUCACUCUGCUGGAUUAAUAAUUUUAUUCUACUCUCGUUGUUCUAUUACCGGCCUACGCCGAAGAGCUCGUUUUAUCUUGGGGAAAGGUUUUUGCUAGUCGGAAAUACUUUCUUGAGGACAGCGUUUACGCGACUCGAGCUAUAUUAUUUUUCUAACGCUUUUUUGCAGGUUUAUCCGGCCAAUUUCCUCCAACAAUUAUAUAUAUAUAUAUAAAGGUUUUCGCUAGUCGGAAAUACUUUCUUCAGGACAGCGUUUACGCGACUCGAGCUAUAUUAUUUUUCUAACGCUUUUUUGCAGGUUUAUCCGGCCAAUUUCCUCCAACAAUCUCAAGAAAGUAUGGCGUCGGAUACACCUGCUCAAAUCAUUUCCAUUCCCGACACACCAAACGGAGCUGCAAAUUCUUCCGCCCAGCCAGACUCACACGUCAACAUGCAGCUCGUUCAUGCGAAGCCAUUUCCCGAUAUUUCCAAGAUUGAAGUAUUUUCUGGGGUAAAUUUCAAAAGAUGGCAAGAACGUUUGUUCUCAACACUUGACAUGCAUGGCGUUGCCGAUGCUCUCACCCAUGCCAUGCCCGACGACAAAUCUCCCGAAGGCAUCAAACUCCUUCAACAAUGGACCUACUCGAAUAAGGUUUGUCGUCACACUAUUCUGAGUACUUUAUCUAACGAGCUCUUUGAUGUUUAUUGCACGAAAAAAGUGGCCAAGGAAAUAUGGGAUUCUAUGAUUGCCAAGUACACAGCCGAGGACACCGUCAAACAAAAAUUUGUGAUAGGAAACUAUUACAAAUGGGAAAUGAAAGACGACAAGGACAUAAAGGCACAAAUUCAUGAAUAUCAAACGCUCUUGGAGGAUCUCAAAGGCGUGCAGAUCGAGCUGCCCGAACCUUUUGUUGCCGGGAUCCUCAUUGAAAAAUUGCCCGAGUCAUGGAAGGACUACAAGCGCGACCUCAAGCACAAAUUUGGACCCAUGUCAUUAAAUGAAGUGAUCACACACAUUAUCAUUGAAGACACCAAUAGGAGGGAGGGAUCCAAGGCUCAAAUCAUGCAAUACACUUCCAACGCCAACCUAGUGGAGACUCAAAACAAAAGGAGGUAUGAUAAUAAUAAUGAAGAUAAUAACAAGCCCAAUUACAAUAAGCCUAAAUCUAACACCAGCUUUAAAAAGGAAAAACAUUGUUAUGUGUGUGGAAAACCGGGACAUUUUGCAGCACAAUGUAGGAAACGGGCAACUAUGAGAAACAACAAACCACCUAGACCAAGUGCAAACUUGUCCUUGAAUGAUGUGCUUCAUGUGCCUGAAAUUCGCACUAAUUUAGUCUCGGUUUCACUUUUGGGGAAAGCUGGAGUUAAGGUGUCCUUUGAAUCAGACAAAAUUGUGAUGACUAAAAAUAAUGUCUUUGUGGAAAAAGGCUAUUGUAAUCAUGGACUGUUUGUUCUCAAUGUUUCUGAAAUAAUGAAUUGAAUGUCUUUUGCUUAUUUGAUUGACUCCUAUAAUGUGUGACAUACUAGAUUAAUAUAUGAAAAUGAUUCUUAUA